AUGCACUCGCCAUCCAAGAAUCAAGACAGCCCACUACAGGCGCAGGAGCAGGAGCAGCUCGACUUCAAGCAGCAGCUCGACCAAAAGGCAGAUGAGAGCCGUAAUCGCGACAAUGGCAAUGGAGGAGAAUCAUUCAUCGAAUCGGUUGUUCACAAGAUUUCACAAGCCAUUCCAGCUACAGUGCCUAUCCUUGGCGGAUCAAAUCCAGAGGGCAAGGUGGAAGACGAAGGAGCAGCCGGUCCUCCUAAUCGGCCACAGAAUGACGUCCAAAUCGAGGAGUUUGUGAGGGAGCAGCAUCGAAGCAAAUUGGUCGGUGAGACUGAGGAGACGAAGUCUUGA